CCGUGCACGUGCCGGGAUGCCGCCGUUCCCGUCCGCUGGAAAACGCGUCUCCCCUGGGCCCCACCGGCUUUCUCCACCAGCUCUUCCACCAGCUGCUCUAGUUCCCUCCAAGGAGGCCGAUGUCCCCCCUAGGCAUGCCCUUCAUCGCGUGCCUCCCGUGGCAUCGCUGGGCGAGGUCCCGCUGGUCCCGGUGUCCGCUGUUCCUCCAUCCCACGGCAGAGCUUUGGGGUGCGGAGUCAUUGGUGCUGCUCAGGCUCUGCUGUGGGUGUGGGGUUUGUUUGUUUUGGCUUUUUCUUUCUUUCUUUCUUUCCAGGAAGCGCUUAAUGUUCUCGUAUUUCUGGCUCCCUUUGCCACUUGAGAUUUGGCAAAGACACCAACCAAGAGUGAUUCUUAAAUGUCAGACUGGACAAAAUGUUUUGAAACCCCCUUAGACCGAGGCGGAAAUGUCCGUGUGUUGUAGCUGGUGACUUUCCACGUCCAUGAUGGUUCCUGGCACGUGUGGGCAGCAGCCCCUGGCACAGGGGCUGCAGCCAUCCCGGGAGACAGCAUUGUGGCUGUGGAGUACAGGCUGUUGUAACUUGGAAGUUUCCCUCAGUGCUCCAGAGGCUUGAAGGGCUGGGAGGAAGAUCAUGGAGAAAGAUCUCCCUGGUGGGUGUGAGCCCCCAGUGUGAGUGAGACUGGGCCCACUCAAAUGUUUGUCAUGUGGGAAGAGCAGGAGAGCUGGAUUGUAGGAUGCCAAAGGAGGAGAUGCUGGUGGAAAGGGGAUUUGAGAAGUUCUUCCCCGCUAGCAGAGGUGGAGGAUGGCACCUGUCUCUCUACCUCAGCGUGGGCAGGGCUUGCCUUGGGGUGCUGGAUGAGCACGGUGUGCUCUGUGCCUGACCUCGCUGGGGCUCCCGGGGGGCAGAGAGGCUGCUUGUGCAGGUCUCAGGGGAUGAGGGGCCCUCCCUGUUUUGUCCUGCUAGACACCAGGAGGGAAAAAAAGCAAAGACCCAGCCAAGAAGGGUUAGAAAGGGGAGCUGCUGUCCUGCCUUUCCUCUGAGCACCAGCACCUUUGACCAUUGCUGCCUGCAGUUGAGGAGGGGGAGUGAUGGUUCCUCAGAGUUUUUGUGAGGUCUGUUCCCUCUGAGCACUUCUCCCCCUGACCUUUGCCUGCUGCUAUCACCAGCACUUGGAUUUAGCAAUUCCCCCUCCUCACACUCCAUGCAACAAAGCUUUGAAUUCCUCACCUGAAAAUACAAAAAGUCACAUUAUGGCCUUUCUCUGAGUCAGUCUGUUCAAAGGGGAGUUCCAAGGCUGUGCAAUGAGUUGUAAAAGCUUCUGAGCUUUCCCUGUUUCUGUGCUUCCUUCUGCUUUCCUAGGCCUGUGCAGAGGGAACGUGUCUGGGGUCAGGGUGCUAAAAUUCUGGGCUGAAUAUUUUGCAAGUGGCUGGGCUGAAACCUGUGCCUGAGCAUUUCUGGGCUCUGCUGUUGGCCUGACCUGGCAGAAGUGUUUGGAUAUAGGGCUUUAUGCUCAGGAAUUGCUUUGCCCUGUCUGCCAGCGUCUCUCCUUUGUGCAGUCUCCUGGUGCCCAGCUGCAGACCCAGGGCUUUGUUGGCUCUGCUGGGCGUGUUUGCAGGUGUGUCACACACGUGUGCUGCUCCUGGGAUCCUUGGGGCAGGUGGGUGAUCCCUGCCUGUUUGUAGUGGUCUGUAGCAUGUGCACACUCAGGGAUUGCACUCAGGAUGGAGCUCACCCCAGGGGUCAGAAUCAGGCCCAGCUCUAGGAACACCCACAUCCUGGAAAGGGAAAAGCAGUGGGAGGGUGCUGGGGUGUUUUCAUCGAGCUGUUGAGUGAGAAGAGCAAACAUCCUGGCACACAGAGCCAUGGCACUCACAGCAAGAGGUGCCAGCUCACCUGUUACAUACUUUGCAGUGUUGAUAAGCAAGUCCUGAACGUGUUGAGCACUGUGGGGAUCAGCCCUGGCUCACCUCCCUGCUGCACCCUGGGCAAGCUUCCUGGGAGAGUUUCAGCUGCACAGGAGGUCUUCCAGAGUCACGGUGCAGAGCCAAGGUGGCCCUAAGUUAGGGAACAAAGGAAGGAGCACUCCUUGCUGGGGGUGAUCUGCUGGUGAUUGUCUCAGACUGUUCCAGUGUGCAUUUAAAGGGUGCCCAUGGCACCUGGCAGUGCCCUGUGCUCAAUCCUGGGGUAACCUUGCCUCCCCUGCUCUGGGAGGGAGGCAAUGGGUUUGUUUUGGGUCUGGCUGCUCCUCCACUCUCUGUCCUCCCUCGGCUGGAGCAAAUCUGAGUUGGUGGCUCCUUGCAGACCCUUCCUAGGGCAGGACUGUGUUUGCUCUCUGAGGAUUAAAGCCAGAGCAGCCCCUGUGUCCUUCAGUUUGCUGCAGCCAGCCUGGUUUGUGCUUCUUGUCAUGUUAGUGGGCUUUGCCCACCCCUCCAAGCAGUGUGGCCACUCCAGCAAAACCAGGAAAGUCCCUUUCCAUGGAGUGCCCCAGCUGAAAUGGGGGCAUUUGAGAAGUUUGGGCUGCUUGCAGGGGGAUGCACAUGCCAUUUCUGGCAGGGCAGUAGCACUCACAAGUUGCCCUUCCAACACCCCCGCCCUGAUGCUGGGUGGAGAAAUCUCCUUUUGCCCUGUGUUUCCUGUCCAGUCCCAGGCAGUGCAUCCUCCACACUUGUUGCGAAGAGUGUUGCAGGAGGAGUCUGUGUGGCAGCAGUGGUGGGGUGUGCAGGGAAUCUGUGCCCCAGCAGGGUUUGCCAUGACCUGGCUGGGGACAAGGGCUGUGGUGGUGCUUUCUGGGGGAAAAACAGCCCUUCUGUACCAAAGAGGGUUUAAAAAGCAGCUGUACCCACUUCUGGCAGAUCCUCCUCUGGGAUUCAAGAGCUUAUGGGUAUUGCAGGGCAGAAUGAGCUGUGUGGGUCAAGAGAUGUGGAGUGGGAUGGAGCUCACUUCCCUCUGCUGAGAGCACAGUAAAACCCUGGUGCUGCUUGAGUGGCAGAAUUCCGUUUCCUUGUGAAAUAAGUGUUGUCCAUGCCUUGCUGCAUCUGUGUUUCCCUCUGCCAGCAGGAAGGCAGGUGAAGCAGUGGGUGCCCCUUGGUGUGGUGCUCUCGUGGUCUCCACAUUAACUGACCCUGCCUGGUGUUGCAGCAACUCUGGGUGUUGCAGGGCAGGAGAUGGGGCUUUGCAUGGAGUUUCUGUGUGCCACUUGGCAGGUUUUGUGUGUAUUGCCUUUUUUUUUUCCCAAUCCUUAAGUAAAAAUGUAUCUUUGGCAACUGGGUGUAGCAGGGGGAUACCCAGGCUGUAGGGCUGGAGAGUCAGGAAAUGCUGAGCUGCAGAUGCAGCAUCCCAUAACCCCAGCCCUCCUUUUGUCUGCUCUGACCAUCCAUGGGAGAGGGGCUGGCUCCCAAACAAAGCCCACAGAGAAUUUCAAGCAGUGUUGCUGUCCCAUGUGAGGUGGCUCCACAAGCCCAGGACAGCUGUGGCUCUGCUCUGCAGCCAGCACUUGCCUCGACAGCUGAGCUGCCAUGCUCCCUCCCAAAACCCAAAGAACUAAAACCCAAGCCACAUUAAACCACUGGGUCAUGGACAAGACUUUCUAGACAAGUCUUAGAGCAUGGAUGAGCCUGGUCCUCUCUCACCUGCAACUGCGGGACGUGCCCAAGGAACAAAACUAAGGAUGUGAGGCAAGGUCUGGCAGUGCGGGCUGUGGCAGUGCCAGCAGCUUUCCUGGAGCCACAGCUGCACUUUCCUCAUUUGGCCCUGGGUAGGGAGGUCUGGUGCCUCCACCCCUGCGUGUCAGCCCGACCUUUACACCCGGUUGAGGGCUGAAGGUCGGGCUGCUGCAGCGCCGGUGCCGGGCUGGCGGCUGCUCCCGCCCAGCCACCUGGCAGGAAGGUGCUGGUGUCUUCUGGAGGGUUCCCCAGCUCUGCCUGCACGUCUCUUCCUCUGGGAUGUAGAAGCAAAAGAGUACAGCCGCUUCGAGUCCAAGAUCCACGACCUGCGGGAGCAGAUGAUGAACAGCAGCAUGAGCUCGGGCUCGGGCUCGCUCCGCACCAGCGAGAAGAGAUCGCUCUAUGUCCGAGCCCUGUUUGACUAUGACCGGACCCGGGACAGCUGCUUGCCCAGCCAGGGGCUCAGCUUCUCCUACGGGGACAUCCUGCACGUCAUCAACGCCUCCGAUGACGAGUGGUGGCAGGCCAGGCUCGUCACAGCCCACGGCGAGAGCGAGCAGAUCGGGGUCAUCCCCAGCAAGAAGAGGGUGGAAAAGAAGGAGAGAGCACGGUUGAAAACAGUGAAGUUCCACGCCAGGACUGGCAUGAUUGAGUCCAACAGGUCGAUCAAAACGAAACGUAAAAAGAGUUUUCGCCUCUCUCGAAAGUUCCCAUUUUACAAGAGCAAAGAGAACCUGGCCCAGGAGAGCAGCGGACAGGAACAGGGCGUGACAUCAAACACCAGUGACAGCGAGAGCAGUUCCAAAGGACAAGAGGACACCAUCCUGUCAUACGAGCCAGUGACGCGGCAAGAAAUUCACUAUGCGAGGCCAGUGAUCAUCCUGGGCCCAACAAAGGACAGAGUUAACGACGACCUCAUCUCUGAAUUCCCACACAAGUUUGGUUCCUGUGUGCCCCACACCACCAGGCCUCGGCGUGACAAUGAGGUGGACGGCCAGGACUACCACUUUGUGGUAUCCCGGGAGCAGAUGGAGAAAGACAUCCAGGACAACAAGUUCAUAGAGGCUGGGCAGUUCAAUGACAAUCUCUAUGGCACCAGCAUCCAGUCCGUGCGGGCGGUGGCAGAGCGGGGGAAGCACUGCAUCCUGGAUGUGUCUGGCAAUGCUAUCAAGAGGUUGCGACAAGCACAACUUUAUCCCAUUGCCAUUUUCAUCAAACCUAAAUCCAUUGAAGCCCUCAUGGAGAUGAACCGGAGACAGACAUAUGAACAGGCCAACAAGGUCUUUGACAAAGCCAUGAAACUUGAGCAAGAGUUUGGAGAAUAUUUUACAGCCAUCGUACAAGGAGACUCUCUUGAAGAAAUUUACAGCAAAAUCAAACAGAUCAUUGAGGACCAGUCCGGGCACUACAUCUGGGUCCCAUCCCCAGAGAAACUCUGAAGAUGUCUCCCACCUGCUUCCCUGUGAGCAGAAGAUCUCUGAAGUCCCACCCAUCCGAGCCCUCUGCCCCGAGGGGGAGGGAUAUGAAAACUAUUCCUGCUCCCUUUUUUAGAUCGUCGCAAAAUUGAGUUUUCUAGUCCUGUUUCUUUUGUUGGGAUGAACUCAUAUCAUUGAUCACGUGACUGUUCCCACCAUUCCUGCAUGGACCUUCCCACUGCUCCAGUAGAGACAGACAAGAACCCAUUCAAGGUCUUUUUUUAUUAUUAUUAUUAUUAUAUUAUUAUUAUUAUUAUUAUUAACUAAACAAAGAAUCAAGAUGGGAGGAGGCAGCUAAGGACUAAUGUAAGAAAACAAGUGAAACAAUGGACUCUGAACACAUGAGCUGGUAUCAGAGCUCCAGGGGCAUUUUUCCAAGUGUGACUGUCUAGCAGCUCUGAACAGUGCGACAGAUGGGCAGCAGAAAGCAUUUUAUUUAUCUGUAUAUGUAAUUUAUAUAUAAUAUAGAGGAGAGAUAUUAUAUAUAUAUUAUAUAUAUAUAUAUGUAUGUGGACUAGGAAAUCUGAGGGACCUCUCUGGAAAGGUGUUGUAUUAUUGCAAGGUUCUUUCAGUUCCUCUGUCCCAAGCACUCGAUGUAGGGAGUCCACUUGGGCAGGAAGAGCUCAAAACGGUACCAGGUGCUUUGGAAACUUCUCCCGUCCAGGCCAGUUCCCUGCAGCCCCCCUGGGUCUGAGACAGGCCAGAGACUGCUACUGCCUGUGCAGGAGGGACCAGAGCAAGGAGCAGCAGCUGGCCUGCAAGAGGCUGGGAGACAGAGACUGAGCAGGAGGCUGCGCAGCAAGAGAAUGGAUGAUGCUACAUAUUAAAUUGCACAUUGUUUUACACACCACCUUAUGUGUUUGCAUGAGAGGUUUCCUUUUGGUUCUAUUUUUUUAAGCUGAUUUUAAACCAAAACCAUAUUGUGUUGUUGUGUUGGCUUUUUUAAUUAUUAUUAUUAUUAAUUAUUAUUAUUAUUAUUAUUAUUCCAUUUUUCUCUUGUCAAUGAUGAACUGAAUGGGUAUAAAAUCCAGUUUUUUAACUUAUUUUUUAAGCUGGCUCUAUUGUAAAUAGAAUCUAGAUCUGUGGUGUUUAGUUAAGAAAUACUUUACUGGCCACAUGGAACAAAUGUACUCACUGUCCUGUGUUGCUGUGAAAAACCUGGGAUGCUGGACUGGCCCUGUACCUGUGGGUGCAGGUGGAAUGACCCAUUCUGGCUUGUGGCAGCACACUGGCAUUCCCUUCUGCAUUAGCCACUGGCAGGAAAAGCCCCCAGCUGUGCCUUGGAUGGACACUCACAUUUUCCAGAUCAGUGACAGAAUUAAACCCUUCUCUGUUCCCUGCUCCAUGCCGAGUUCCCGGCCCUGCUGAGUGCAGGUGCCUGGGCUGGCUCUCCGGAGGGGCCCUCCCUCCAGUAGAGGCCACCUUGCCUGGCUCUGUCUCUGACAUCUCUGUGUCAAUCUGUGGCUGGAGCUGGGUUCUGCUGCCUCCCCCAAGCCACCCCAAAGCCCUGAAGUGGUGCCCCAGCUGGCAGCUGAGGGUGCAGAGCUGCCCCAUGCCCUGGGCACUGGCAUUUUUGCAGGAGAGGCACCAAGACACUUGGCCCUAAGCUGAGACAUGUCUGUUUUUGAGGACACUUUGGCUUCUGUGCUUGAGUGGGGCUCCAGCCCCUUGAGUGGAGCUGGGGACACUCACAUGGCCUUUGAGGAGUGUGUGCUGGGUACUCAGAGUUCAGGUCCGAGUGCUCCCACCUUACCAAGAGCUGGUGAAUGCUGUUCCUCACACAGUGCCACCCCACAGCACAGGAGGUCGCUUUCCAGGCACGCCCAGGUAAGUCUCCUCCUGCCUCUGUUUGGCAGGGACAAGCAGUGGUCCCUCUCCCCAAGGUGCUGGCGCUCAGUGUGUCAGUCAGUGCCUGGCACACAGGCUGCCAGCUGAGCCAGAGCUGCUGUGACACUGUCCCUGUGCUGCCUGGGGAGGAGCCUCCUUUGCCCACCCUGCAUCCCAAGGAGCCCUGCAGGGACCGAGCAGCUUCUGGGGCCAGGACAGGGCUCUGCAGGAGCCACAGCUGUGAGCACAGUGGAGGGCAGAAGGAUUCUGCUGUCGCUGGGACCGACCCUAAAGGAGCACACAGAACUUUGGCAAUGGAUUCCUGCCGGGCAUCCAGCCCCUGCCCCACUGGUCCUGCUCCAGCUGCUAUAAAUGUCGGUCCCUGAAGAAGUGGAGUAAGUGAAACAAAAGUCCUUAAGGUGCUAGUCACACAUUCCUAUCUUUUUUUGUCUUUUCUUUUUUCUGUUUUUUCCUAAUAGCCUGUCUCCCUCUUUCGAGUCACGUGGAGAAAAAGAUUAUGUACUCCAUGGCAUAGCUGACAGUACUGAUCAUGACAACAGUAGUUGGUUAACAGUGUUUCUUCCAAGGAGACAUAUAUUUUUAAUAAACAGAGAGUUGCAAAGAACUCUUGUCUUUGA